AAACACGAACAACAUAAAAACUAGUUGGUCCUUUUUGCCAAGUCGCCAUCAUCAUCAUCAUCGUUCAGUAGUGGUACAGCAGUGCAGCAGCGAUGGCAUCGACUCCAAUGGAAGGCAAAUGGGUUCAGCUAAAACAGAAAGGAACCGGACCAGGAGCAAGAAGCUCACACGCCAUCGUCCUCGUUGGCAACAAAGUCUACGCCUUCGGCGGCGAGUUCCAACCCCGUGUCCCCGUCGACAACCACCUCCACGUCUUCGACCUCAGCACUCUAACAUGGUCCAUCCAAGAAGCUUCAGGGGACGCUCCUCCUCCUAGAGUAGGCGUAGCCAUGGCUGCAGUAGGAACCAUCAUCUACUUCUUCGGCGGCCGCGACGAGAAUCACCAAGAGCUCAACGAGCUUUACUCUUUCGACACUUCCACCAACGAGUGGAAGCUUCUCUCCUCAGGGGAGACAGGUCCUGAGAACAGAAGCUACCACUCCAUAGCUACAGAUUCUCAGAACGUGUAUGUGUUUGGUGGGUGCGGAGUUGAUGGCCGUCUUAACGAUCUAUGGGCGUACAAUUUUGUUGAUGGGAAGUGGAUUAAGUUCCCGUCUCCUGGAGAGGGAUGUAAAGGGAGAGGAGGUCCGGGACUAGAGGUGGUCGAAGGGAGGAUAUGGGUUGUGUAUGGAUUCACAGGAGAUGAAGCAGACGAUGUUCAUUGCUUCGACAUAGCUAAAGGAGAGUGGAAAGAAGUUGAGACAAAGGGUGAGAAACCGUCUGCGAGAAGUGUGUUUUCCACUUCCGUUGUUGGGAAACAGAUUGUGAUAUUCGGAGGAGAGGUUGAUCCUAGCGACUUAGGACACAUGGGAGCAGGGUGUUUCACAGCUGAGGCUUAUGGGCUUGAUACUGAGACGUUGGAGUGGAGGAAGUGGGAAGAUGGGUUUGGGUCAGAGGAGCAUCCGGGGCCUAGAGGAUGGUGUGCGUUUGCGGCUGGGUCGAGGGAUGGUAAGGAAGGUCUGUUGGUUUAUGGAGGGAACUCGCCGAGUAAUGAUAGGCUUGAUGAUAUCUUCUUCUUCACUCCAGAAUCUUACUAAUGUGAUUGGUAACUAAGUGUGGUUUGGUUUGGUUGCUGAGUCAGUGCUUGAUUCUGUGAGCUUUAAGCCAUGAGUCUGUACUCUGUACUAAGUUGUUUAUGUUUGGGUGAAGCUUAUGUUUUAUUUAUGCUUUUGUAAAUCUGAAUGAUCAUUUGAAGUUAUAAAUAAGCAAUGUUCAAGAAA